AUGGUGCCUCUAUCAAUUUCAGUUUACCAUACCAAGCCUCCCACCACUAUAAAUUCGCCAUUUCUCAAGCAUUCUUCAUCAUUCAAUUAUCCAUUUACUCUUCAUCUUCAGAAAGAAACCAAGUCAAGGUUCUUUCUUUCUCGUUUCCCGUGUUCUUCACCUAAUUUCAUUGUCUCUUACAAGGGUAGUGAAGUAGAAUUUGAUAAAGUUAAAAAAGCCAUGACGAUCAAGCCAGCUGUGAGGAUUGCAGAUCGGAAACUGGUAGUGAAGGACAGGACUUUAUUGAAUAAUGUGCCGGACAAUGUUAUAGCGACUUCCGGCGCGGAGGCAGCGCCAGUGGAGGGGGUGUUUUUGGGGGCGGUGUUCGACAAAGAGAACAACCGGCAAGUGGUGUCGCUCGGGACACUGCGGGAUGUGCGUUUCUUGUCGUGCUUUAGGUUCAAGUUAUGGUGGAUGGCCCAGAAAAUGGGGGACAAGGGCCGUGAUAUUCCAUUGGAGACACAAUUCUUGCUCUUGGAAACUAUGGAUGGAUCUCACUUGGAAUCAGAUAUUAAUGGCGAUGAUGAAAAUAAAAUUGUUUAUACUGUGUUUUUGCCCUUGAUUGAAGGUCCCUUUAAGGCUUGUCUGCAGGGGAAUGAUCAGGAUGAACUUGAGCUUUGUUUGGAGAGUGGCGAUUCCGACACCGUUGGAUCUUCGUUUACGCAUUCGGUAUACAUCAGUGCCGGAACUGAUCCAUUCGGGACCAUAUACGAGGCGAUCCGGGCCGUGAAAUCCCAUCUCGGGACAUUCAGGCUGAGGCAUGAGAAGAAAUUGCCUGGAAUUGUGGAUUACUUUGGAUGGUGCACUUGGGAUGCAUUCUACCAAGAGGUUACUCAGGAGGGAGUCGCAGCCGGGCUUGAAAGCCUCGAGGCCGGUGGGACCCCUCCGAAGUUCGUGAUCAUAGAUGAUGGAUGGCAAUCAGUUGGUACAGAUGAGGAGAAGGAAAAGAAAGAGCAAGAGCAGGCAUCCCUGCUGAGGCUUACCGGAAUUAAAGAAAACGAGAAAUUUCAAAAGAAGGACGAUCCCUCAGUGGGGAUCAAGAACAUAGUCAACAUUGCGAAAGAAAAGCACGGAUUGAAAUACGUUUAUGUGUGGCACGCAAUCACCGGUUACUGGGGUGGGGUUCGACCUGGAGUGAAUGGGAUGGACGAAUAUGGAUCAGCUAUGAAGUAUCCGACGUUGUCCAACGGUGUCCUAGCUAACGAGCCGGGGUGGAAAACUGAUGCAAUUGCACUGCAGGGGUUAGGUUUAGUGAACCCGAAAAAUGUGUACAAGUUUUACAAUGAAUUGCAUAGCUACUUGGCUGCUGCUGGAAUAGAUGGUGUGAAGGUGGAUGUGCAAUGCAUCUUGGAGACCCUCGGGGCAGGUCUUGGGGGUCGGGUCGAAUUGACCCGCCAGUAUCACCAGGCUCUUGAUGCAUCUGUGGCUAGAAACUUUCCUGAUAAUGGAUGCAUUGCCUGCAUGAGCCAUAACCUUGAAUCCCUUUAUUGCUCGAAACAAACGGCUAUUGUAAGGGCAUCAGAUGAUUUCUACCCCCGUGAUCCUGUAUCACAUACCAUCCACAUUGCUGCAGUGGCAUAUAACAGUGUCUUCCUCGGGGAAAUCAUGCUCCCCGACUGGGAUAUGUUCCAUUCUCUGCAUCCAGCAGCUGAGUAUCAUGGAUCAGCUAGGGCGAUCAGUGGAGGACCUGUCUAUGUUAGUGAUGCACCUGGGAAGCACAACUUUGAUCUUCUGAAGAAGCUUGUUCUUCCCGAUGGCUCGAUUCUCCGAGCCCGCUUGCCAGGUCGUCCGACCAAGGAUUCUCUAUUUACAGAUCCAGCUCGUGAUGGUGUUAGCCUAUUGAAGAUAUGGAACAUGAACAAGUAUACUGGAGUACUUGGAGUAUACAACUGCCAAGGUGCAGCAUGGAAUAGUAUCGAAAGAAAGAACACAUUCCACCAAACAAAAUCCGAGGCAAUAACAGGCUACAUCCGAGGCCGUGAUGUCCACAUGAUUUCUGAAGCUGCCCUAGACUCUGAUUGGACUGGUGACGUGGCAGUGUACUCUCACCGGAGUGGUGAAGUUAUCACCCUUCCGUACAAUGUUUCUAUGCCUAUUUCCCUCAAUGUCCUCGAGCAUGAAAUUUACACCGUUACACCAAUCAAAGUGUUGGCACCUGGGUUCAGUUUUGCACCAUUGGGACUCGUCGACAUGUUCAAUGCCGGCGGAGCAAUCGAAGGGCUUAAAUACGAGGUCAAGUCAGGUGCAAAACUAUCUGAAGUUGAGAAUGGAGUUGAAGGAGAAAGAGUCGAAAACUUGAGCAACAAGGUUGUGGCUGUAGUUUCCAUGGAGGUGAAGGGCUGUGGACGUUUCGGCGCAUACUCAUCUGCUAAGCCCAGAAAAUGCACAGUUGGAUCAUCUGUUGUUGACUUCGAGUAUGACUCUGCCUCCAGCUUGGUCACGUUGAAGCUGGACUCUAUGCCUCGGGAGGAUCAGAAAGUACACAUUGUUGAGAUCGAAUUAUGA